AUGAAAUCAAAACAAUAUAUAACAGUUAACUUAGCAGAAUUGUCUCAGGCUCAAACAGAUAUAACAACUGAUGAUACCGAUGCCGAAACAAUUCAAGUAGGUAUUGAUUCGAAAACACAUAGUGUUGAAAUAGCAAAAGAAACCAACAACAAAACAGUUUCCAUAGUAAAUGAUUCCGAAACUCAAACAGUUCCUUUAAAAAACAAUAUCCGAAAUCAAAUAGUUGACAAAACAAAUGAUUUAAGCAACAAAAAAAUUACAUUAAAUCAUUCAGGAAUGCCAACAGGUUAUAAAGCGAGUGACUCCAAAAUUGAAAUAUUUCACAUUGGAAAUAAUUACGAAACUCAAAAAGGGAAUAUAGCAGAUGAUACUAAAAUCAAAAUGGCUAACAGUUCUUCAAUUCAAAGGAUUGUUAUAACUAACGAUUCGAAAAUAGUUGAAAAACCAAAAAAUAAUAAAAAUUGUAAUUCAAUCAAAAAUAAUUUUAUUGAAACGCAUGAAACAAAGAGGUUAACCUGUAAACAGUUUAUUGUUAAAAUUUGUGAUCGUAUCGAAAGUUCUCAAAAUGUCAGGUGUCGUGAUGAUACAAUAAUACCAUUGAAAAGACUUUGCAAUGGUUACAUAGACUGCCCUGAUAGAAGUGACGAAGUAAACUGCAUACAGCAAGUUGCAGACAAAAUUCAACUAGCCAGUAAUAUUCUAUUAGAUGCAGAAAUUUCAAGUGCAUGUCUGCCCCCAAUUAUGGAAGAUAACACGUUUUUCGAACAGAUAAAUAUUUGGCAAAAAAUGUUAAAAUUAGAAUUGAUGUAUAUCAAUGUCAAUGGUGAUGGAUCAUGUAAAAAAAUAAGCUCAAUAUUUGAUUCGUUUGGAAUUAACCUUUGCAAGUCCAUUGAAUUUUUUGAUAUAGUAACGGAAGAUAUUUUAAAACUAGAAGCAGAUUUGGAAAUAUUUAUUGAUAAUGACGGUAUAUUAAACCACGUUGAUUGGUCUCCAACAUCGUGUACUUGUAACCAUCAGUUUUGCAAAACAGAUUUUUGCGAUAGUCGUUGCAGGCGUAUCUGCUGGCAAGUAUAUGUUCUAGAUCAUUAUGGAUGCCUAUCUGUCACAGGAGCCACAACUAUCCCCCUGGAUUACAUUUGUGACGGCAAAAUAGACUGUAUCGAUGAAACCGAUGAAGUAUCAUGUAUGAAAGAACCGUCAACUUAUAAACACAAAGCUAACACUAUUUAUAAAGAAUUGUUAGAAAGUUUAUCACGAGUAGUAGCAGAUCAAGUAUAUGAACAAGACAAAAUAGAAGCAUUAAUGGACUUAGUGAGCCAAUUACAGACUUUAACAACAAGAACCCAUAAUCCAGAUAUAAAUACAAUCAAAAUAUUGAGGGACAAAUAUUUUAAAUUGCUUGUUAAAAUAUUCCAAAAAUUAUGGACCGCUGUAAGUGCAACCCGCGAACUAAACUAUGCCCAUGACUUUUUACUUUUAUUAAACCAAAAUAUGAUAAAAGCACUCAAAAGUUCAUACACAGGGAACAAAUAUGUACAAUCAUCAGCAGAAUGCUACUGUAAAGAUAAUGUUUGCGCAUCCGAGGUUUGUUCUCGGAGGUGUACAGAAUUUUGUUUAACAGAAUCUGUUCUUACUAAAUAUAAAUGUGAUGAUAACAACACGUUUGUGAGUAUAGAAGUUAUUUGUGACGGUACUGAAGAUUGUCCUGGUGGAGAUGAUGAAAAAGACUGCAGACAUGAGAUUUGCCAUGAACGUCAGUUGGAUAAGUUACGUAUUUCUUUAGAAAAAGCAGAAAAAAUACUAAAGGAAAUUGUUUUCGAGAAAGUGUUAGAAGUUUGGAAGGCCAAGACAGCGCAGACUGUUAUUAUUUCCGAGAAUGAAAAGCCUAAUCGCAGAACAUUGGUAGACAAAGUUGGCCGAAUUCUAAGUGAACUACUAGAAGCCUACUCUUCGAUGGCACAUACUAGUGGGACGGACUAUUUGGAUAUAAAGGGAUUCAUGUCAGUGUCUAAUAUUUUCAAGCAAACACUUAAGUCUUGCAUUAAAUAA